AAUAUUCGAAAGGCUUAGGCAGAUGACAAAACCACAAGCAAUUUGAGGUCACUGUGCACUUCCAAUAAAAUUUCUAAAAAACAGAUGGUAAAUUAAUGAAAUAAUGAUACAUCAUACAACGCCUUACCUACUUAUCACUCUUAUCUUUCUAGUUGAGGUUUAUUUGCCAUCAAAUCAAUUCACAUGUCUUUUUCAUAAAAAGAUCACUGUUCAGCGCAGCAAGUCACGAAAAAAUCUGACGCUGAUAAAAAGGAUAGAUGAGGCUACAUCCCCCCUUCAACAUACACACAGACGGCGCGGAGAGCAAAAUGAAAGCAAAUUACGAUGUGGAGUCUUACCGAGUCUUCCGUUUACGCAGGCGCGGCUCCUCUUUGGAAGCUGUGGGCGUGGGCGGCACCGACAGUUGGAGGGCUGCAGCACUGGUGUGGGAUUGACGCUAGCUAUGUGCUAUCACAGUAGGUACAGGUACUGCAAAAUACUGCGCUAUCAACAUUCUGCACUAUCUGCGACCGACCUUUAUCCAAGAUACACUUGACACACAAGAUAGAUGCCGACACAAACAAGGGUCACCGUUCUGAUUCAGCCGCUCACGGACGACGACCACCGAGCUGCCAAGCUCCUCCCCCUCCCCCUCGCACCAUCAACGAGCUGCCUGUAUCCAGUUCCCGCGCGUGCCCGGACCUAAAAUAGCCCCCAGUGGCCGUGUGGCUCCAGGGCCGCCGCGCCGGCGGAUUUCGUCGCUGCCGAGUGCCGACGCUAGCCGUGCCGUCGGCGUCGACGCCCUCUCUGAGCAGAGUCGGCCGAGAGUCAGCGAGGAGAGUGAGACUGUCUUCUGAGACUGACGGCCAGUCGUCGGUCUGCCAUCCCACCGACUGACUGACCGACUGACCGACUGGCCAGCGCACCGACCAGAUCCGGCCGUUCGUAUAGGCGCAGUGGGUGGUGGACGGAGGUGGUCGGUGGACGGCGGCGGCGGCGACGGCCGUUUGCUAGUGAGAGUGAGAUACCUAUACUCUGAGUGAGAGUGAGACAUAGAGAGUGAGUGGAAAGUGUCAGCGAAGUGACAGCAAGCACCACAGCCGACCGUGGGACCGAUAAGAAGCCUCUCCUGCCGCCUGGUUAGUCAUCACACCUGACCUUGUAAGGAGAGGACUUCUGUAGCGUGCUUGGUCACGUGACCUGUUGAACGAGCUCCGUCGCAAGUUCCAAGAGGCAGCCGGCAGUAUAGCCAUGCCGGUGUCGUGGCGCGGGCCGCGGCCGGCCGUCACCGUACAACAGCUGCGCGAGCUGCUGGUGGCACCGUCGCGCGGCGCCAUGGCCUUUCCCAGCGAGCCGUACGACGAGGUCUAUCCCGGGAUCGUCAUCAGUGACGCCGCCACCGCGUUCACCCUCACCCUGCUGCGCUCUCUGGGGGUGACGCACGUGCUGAACGCCGCGCACGGCAUCGACAACGCCACCUACUCGGGCUGCUACGUCAACAUGCACCCCUGCUUCUACCGCUCGGCCGGCCUGGCGCUGAUGCGCGUGCCGGCAGAGGACGCCGAGGAGUGUAACAUCGGCGUCCACUUCGGCGACGCGGCCGAGUUCAUCGAUGACGCCCUCCGGCACGGAGGGAAGGUGCUGGUGCACUGUGUUCAAGGGAUGAGCCGCUCAGCUGCUCUGGUGGUCGCCUAUCUGAUGAUCAAACAGGGGAUGGCCGUCACAAAGGCUCUCAGCACCGUCAGGGCGAAGCGGGCCAUCUUUCCCAACUACGGUUUUCUGAUGCAGCUGAUUCGCCUGGACGAGCAGCUGGCGUCUGGGUCGUGCCCUCCGGUCAGCACUUCAGAGGUCAAAGGUCGCCGACCCGCCCCGCCGACCAACUCUGGAGCCCACCGCUCUAGUCGGUAUCCAUGACCUCCACGGGGAUAGCGGUGACGGAAAAUGUGACGGCAUUCGUGACGGAACAUGUGACAGAGUCGUGAUGGAACAUGUCGGAGUCGUGGCGGAAAAUAUGGCGGUGCCAGUUUCCGGUGAGGAAAGUGACGACCCCUGGGCGAUGCGAAUUUGUCACAUCUCAAUUUGUGACGCGAAAUGUGACUAAUGUCGGCGGGAAUCACGACGCUCCCGUGUACAUACCUGUGACGGCGGCUGAUCCGUACUGUCAAUCUUGUUCAGGUUCUCCGCCACUCGUCCGUCGAAAUGUCUCGCCAAAGUAUGUAUAAGCACCCUUCUGAGUCUGAUCCAUGCAGCACCCCAAGCAGCAGCGAACUAGCGCAGUGACGCCAGCUAUGACUAGCCGGAAACUCCAGUAUCGCGCCUUGCAGCCAUGUGUGGUCUCCCAGAGAAAUCCCCGAGACCGAGAUUCUCCAGUGUCGAACCCCCUGUCCCCCACAUUCCCCACAAACACCCCACAUACUGUACAGCUUAUCGACACGCUGGUAGUGCAAACUGAUGAACUCAUAGGCGCCCCUCCGGCGCCUGGGGGGGGGGGGGUGUAGAGGGGGCGGACAGGAGGCGUGUUAUCAAAAUGCAAACUGGCCGCUGUUGGAAUAUGCAUAUAUCGGGGCCUCGGGAACCCCUGAGCAGCCGGACAGUGCAGUAUGCUAAGCUGGUGACUAGUGACUGGUGGUUGGUGCUGUUGAUCAAGGUGCACCAACUGACGGUCGUGUCGUGCUGGGUCGCGGAGAGGGGGCUGUUCCCGGUGUUCUGUUUGGACUAGUCACUAAAGGACACGGGCGCCGGUAGGCUGGUUUGUCAUUGCCGCCGGACGGGGUGAGGUGGCCGCUGCAGGUUUUCGGAGACAUGUCCAGCAGAGGUUUGUUUAUGAGAUGGACGGUGGCGAGCGCAGGCAGACCCAAGUGUUGAUGCAAAGUGCUGGGCUUCUAUACAUGGUACUUGGUAGUACGUGGGAGAGCGCGAGGGACGAGUGUCCAGACUGCGAGUGGGGUGGAAGCUGCGACUUUGAAUAUCAAUGAAGAGGCCGUAGUGUUGGUUAAGUCAUGAGUGCAUUCCUGUGAGGAAGACGCGCGAUUGCUUUCCAUGAGGCCCUAUGUAAAACAUGCAUGCGGAGGCCUGACCGUCGUGAAUCAGCUUCCGCUUCGAUAAUGUGCAAUACAUUGUGCAACGAGUCCCCUGAACAGAGGCUCAGCGGAGAACAAA